AUGUCGCUUGCCUCAGUCACUAGAAAUAGAUUUUCUCUAGCUCUCAAACAAAACAAGUUGUCUUUUAGUGGCAGAAUUGCAAGGCCAAAAGCCUUUCAACAAGCUAUUUUCUCUCGUUAUGCUACUUCUAUACCGUCCCUUAACUCAUUGACCGAAGAAGAAGAAAGUAUUCGUGAUUUGGCUGCACGUUUUGCGCAAGAUAAAGUAAAACCUCUUGUGCAAAAAAUGGACGAGGACGAAAGACUUGAUCCCUCAAUUAUUAAAGGCCUUUUUGAGCUAGGGUUCAUGGGAGUAGAAACAGAACACGAAUAUGACGGUACUGGUGCUUCAUUUUUGUCUGCUAUAUUGGUUAUUGAAGAACUUGCAAAAGUAGAUCCUUCUGUUAGUGUUGCAUGUGAUGUCCAGAAUACACUAGUUAAUACAUUAUUUCGCAAGUAUGGUAAUGACUUUGUGAAAAAAAAAUAUUUGCCUCAACUUGUAUCUGAAAAGGUUGGUUGCUUUUGUUUAUCCGAAGCCGGAGCUGGCAGUGAUGCGUUCGCGUUAAAAACUCGCGCUGAGAAGAAAGAAGGACAUUUCAUUAUCAACGGUACAAAGGCGUGGAUCACUAAUUCUGCCGAAGCCGAAAUUUUUUUGGUUUUUGCCAAUUUAGACCCUUCAAAGGGAUACAAGGGAAUUUCAUGUUUCAUUGUUGAGAAAGGCAUGGGAGUCGGGAUCGCAAAGAAGGAAUCAAAGCUCGGUAUUAGAGCUUCUUCGACCUGUUCAUUGAAUUUUGAUAAUGUCAAGGUGCCAGAAGAAAAUGUAUUGGGGGAAUUAUUCAAAGGUUAUAAAUAUGCGAUUGAGAUUCUUAACGAAGGGCGUAUCGGUAUAGCCGCUCAAAUGAUAGGAUUAUCUCAAGGGGUAUAUGAUCAAGCAUUAAGUUAUAUGUUUCAAAGGAAGGCAUUUAAUAAAUUAAUCGGAGAAUUCCAGGGCAUGCAACAUCAAUAUGCUCAAGUGGCCACGGAAAUAGAAGCUGCCAGAUUACUAACUUAUAAUGCGGCUAGGUUGAAAGAAGAAGGAAAAGAUUUUAUUAAAGAAGCAGCUAUGGCAAAAUUAUAUUCAUCUCAAGUUGCUGAAAGGACCGCAUCCAAGGCUAUUGAAUGGAUGGGUGGUGUUGGUUUUACGAGAGAAUUCCCAGUUGAAAAAUAUUACAGGGAUGCGAAAAUCGGUUCCAUUUAUGAGGGCACUUCCAAUAUUCAAUUGACGACUAUUGCGAAGUUAAUAGCCCGUAAUUUUAAAUAA